AUGGCCGAUUCCAAGGUCUUCUCCCUCGAGGGCAAGGGGCUCAAGCUCGACACCGCCCAGGACAUCGAGCCUCACCUCGCCCCGCUGAUCGCGAUGGACGACGUCGAGGAGGUUCGCUUCCUGGGCAACACGCUGGGCGUCGGCGCUUGCGAGCGCCUUGGUGAAGUGCUGGCCACCAAGAAGACCCUUAAGUCCGCAAACUUCGCCGACCUCUUCACCGGCCGACUGCUCAACGAGAUCCCCGCCGGCAUCUCCGCCAUCCUGACCUCCGUCCUCAACCACCCCAACCUCACCACCAUCAACCUCAACGACAACGCCUUCGGCCUCAACACCCAGGCCCCGCUCGUCGCCUUCCUGUCCUCCCACGUGCCCCUGCAGCACCUCUACCUCAACAACAACGGCCUCGGCCCCCACGCCGGCAUCCUCGUCGCCGAUGCGCUCUCGGAACUUCACGCCAAGAAGGAGGCCGCCCGCAAGGAGGGCAAGCAGGUGCCCGACCUCGAGACCGUCAUCUGCGGCCGGAAUCGGCUCGAGAACGGCAGCAUGGCCGCCUGGGCCAGGGCCUACAGCCUGCACAAGAACAUCAAGGAGAUCAAGAUGGUGCAGAACGGCAUCCGCCAGGAGGGCAUCUCCCGCCUGCUCAGCGAGGGCCUCAACCACGCCAGCCAGCUCCGCAUUCUCGACCUGCAGGACAACACCUUCACCAUCAUGGGCGCCCGCGCCCUCGCAAAGGUC